CCUAUGGGGGCGCGGCGCCGCUCCGGAGCGCCGGCAGCCCCUCCCCGCCGCUGCCUGCGAGAGUGGGAAUAAAGACAGAUAGCGGGGCAGGCACCGGCCAGGCGGGGAAGGAGGGAGCGAGCACGCAGAAAGUUCGGUGCGGAGCCCGCGGGCGGCGGCAGCGAUGCCCGUGCUGCGCGGAGCGCUGGGCGAGCCCCGCCGGCCUUAGGGGCAGCGAGAGCGGCGCGGGGCCCGCAGCGAGACCCCGGCCCGUCCUCGCCUCCUCCGGGCGGCAGCAGGAAGCUCCCGGGCAGGGACGGGAAAGCGGCGCCGGCCGGAGCGCGGGGAGGGGGAGCGGCACGGCGGGGACAGCCGCUGCCGUCAGAGCCCGGGGAAAGAUGAGCUUGUUGUCAGCCAUCGACACCAGCGCCGCGUCCGUUUACCAGCCCGCCCAGCUCCUCAACUGGGUCUAUCUCUCGCUGCAAGACACGCACCAGGCCAGCGCCUUUGAUGCCUUCAGACCCGAGCCCUCCUCGUCCCAGCACCCCGACCUCGGCUACACCAAGAGCACCCCGGAGCUGGGCUCCUCGCUCAGCUCCAGCUAUCUCAACAGCUUCUUCCAGCUCCAGCGGAGCGAGGCUCUGAGCAGCAGUCUGUACAAGAGUGCUUCACCUUAUGGCUCUCUUAAUAACAUUGUGGAUGGGUUAAGCUCCCUGACUGAGCAUUUCUCUGACCUAUCCCUUUCUUCAGAAGCCAGAAAACCUAGCAAGAGGCCACCUCCUAACUACCUGUGCCACCUCUGCUUUAACAAGGGACAUUACAUCAAAGACUGCCCACAGGCUCGUCCAAAGGGAGAAGGCCUGACUCCAUACCAAGGCAAGAAACGCUGCUUUGGUGAAUAUAAGUGCCCUAAAUGCAAGAGAAAAUGGAUGAGUGGAAACUCCUGGGCUAACAUGGGACAAGAAUGUAUCAAGUGCCACAUUAACGUUUAUCCUCACAAACAGAGACCCCUGGAAAAGCCGGAUGGCCUGGAUGUUUCAGAUCAGAGCAAAGAACAUCCCCAGCAUCUGUGUGAGAAGUGCAAAGUUUUGGGCUACUACUGCCGCCGUGUGCAAUAAAGAUUCAAAGUGGCCUCUUCCCAUCCCCAUCAUCCUCAAAGAUCCUCUGGCAGCAUGUGAUCAACCGCAACACAACAAAUCGAGAGAAAAGCUAAAAUAAUUGCCAAUAUUGCCUAUCUAAUAAUAUGCCUUACCAUUAACAGAAUGUAACAUUUAUCCCAUGCGUGCAUAGGCAUGCAACAGGUAUUUACAGGACUAUGAUUUGUAUACAUACAUAUGUAGAUUUAUAUAUAUGUACACACACGUAUAUCAAGUGUGACUGAUAGUGUUCACAACAGAACUGCCAUUGCAGGUUCUGCUAAUUGUUUACACAGACCCUAUAUAAUGGCCAGGUGAAAUGAAGUACUAUUCAACAGGCAAGGUGUAAUAUUCACAAGGAAUAUAUAUGUAUGGCUUUUGCAGAGGUUAAAUAACUGUGGGGCCACUAAUUGCAAGCAUUCACCCACAACAUGAACAUUAUUCCUAUUAUAUGACAAGACAAAGGAGGUGAAACAAGCCACAGCAUAAAAAGAAAGAAAAUGACUGCUUUCCCAGUUUUAGAAAGUCUGAGAGUUUUGUGUUGCUGAUUUCUUGGACUUUUUCCUAUUUGUUACCAUCGCUUGGGCAGGGCUUAAGCAAAAUAAUUUUUGCAGAAUGUGGCUAAAAAAAAGUGAAUAAUUGUUUGAGGGUGCAGGUUGGGUAGAAAGGGAAUGCCAUAAGGAGACCUACAGCAUCAGAAAGGAUUCCAAGAGGUUUUUGGAAUAAACAAAACUGGCUUGCUUAUGCGACCAACAGAUCCUUCUCUUGUCAUAUAAUCCUGCUGGAAUGGUCCCUGUAUGUGUAAGGGUUGUUCAUUAGGUCACAAGCACACUAAAUUUACUGUGAACAAGGGGGGAUAAGAACACUUAAAACUGUCCCCAGAACCCUUAAUUGAAAGAUUAGCCAAACUUACUAUUUAUAAUAGUUUUAAAGCCACUUUCUGGAAAUAUUUUUGUCCUUUUUUCUACUGUACAAAUUUGUUAUAAUAUAAAACUUGUUAGCCAUAGGGGUGUUUUGAGGCAUGGAGAACACUUUAUAUAACCUUCCCUCUUUAUGUCUUCCUGAAGCACCUACAUACCUUAGGAUAAAUGUAGGAAUUCUAUUUUGUUAUCCCAUUUCAGGUAGAACUUUGUGCAGGGGCAUCUUGCUGCAAAGUAGUAUCUCAUCAGGGAUUAAGGAAUAUCAUUAACUGAAAGUACCUCGAGAGAGUAUCCUCUUUGUAUGUCUACAUAAGAGUACAUUGGCAAAAGGACACAACAAGCAAUUCACUUGCAGCAUUCACUAAAAAAAAAAAAAACAGAGGGAUGUUUGCUGGGUUGGUUUUGGUUGGGGUUUUUUUAAUCAACAAUUUCUAUUUUUAUGAAGUUUCUUUUGGCGAGAUUGAUUUGUGUGAGUGAUAAUUAGUGGAAAUACUUUAAAUCCUAAAUAACUUGAUGGGAACUAAAUUUGUUUUGAAGAUCAGUUCCAUAGCACUAAGACAGAAGGAUUUUUAUGCCAAGUGAUAGUUUAAUGCCAAAUGAUAGCAGGAUAUUACCAGUAUGUGCUCUUCUAAAGCAAAUUAAAAACUUACAGUGAGCAUUUAUAUAGGAAAUGUGAAGCUCUUUAUAAAUUUGUUGUAGGCUGAAACUUCUUCCGUUUCCCUGCUUUGCUAAAAGCAGGGCAAAAUUUUUUCUGCUUAUUUUGGUGGUAGUAUCAUGUAUGUAUUUUGCAAACUUCAUUAUUUAAGGGUAGCCCAAGUGACCCAGCCAGGUCAGAGCAAUGGAUAAAUAUUUGGACUCCUUCCCUGGCUCUUCCAUUAGCUCCCGAAUUUUGGGAAAGUCACAAGAUCUUUCUGGACCUCAGUUUCCCCAUCUGCAAAAUGGGGAUAAUAAUAAUUUAGUAUACCUACCUCACAAGAGAGUUGUGAGGCUUACCUAGUGUAAGAGCUUUGACAUCACUGGAUUAAAAGUGCUGUGUAAUCCUAAAAUAGUAUUCACUAAAUUAAUCACUUUUAAAUUAGUUGCCCAGUUGGUAAUCCCAUCAGCUAAAAUAGCUGAAAAUGAUACUGAAAGUUAACACUAGUAACAGUUCAGUUGCCUCAGUGAAGAUGUGCAUGUUAGCAUUUUGAAAUGGAAACAAAGUAUUUUGCACAGACUACGAAAUUACCUUAGAGACAAGUUCUCUAAACAAAGAUACUAAGCUACCCAUAAAAAUAAGAAAACACACAAAUAAAUCUAGGGAUGGAUUUUCAAAGCUUGACCUCUAGUAGUAAUCUUGAUAGUUUGUUUCAAGCACAAGUAAUUUUGAAAGGGCCACGUAGUAAACCAGGUCUAUUUUUUUCCUCUUGAGCACUUAAUAGUACAUGAAUGAAAAAAAAUCUACUUGAUGCUUCACAUCCAGCUAAAGGACACAUAGAGAAGCCCUCUUAGAUGAAGAUCAGGGGAAAUGUUAUUUUAUUUUCUUUCUGAAACCAAGAUGUUUCUAUCAACUAUCUUUUUCUGUACUGAAUAAUUUCCAUCUUAUGAUAACCACUAAUAUCGGUAAGACAGCACAUCCCUUGCUAUACCUACAUUGAUAUACAGCACACCACCAAGUUCUGAAUGACCAACUAAAAGAUACCAUUAAAUGCAAUUGUUGCUAUUUUCAUGACAGUGCCCUUGUUAAAAAUUGUUUAUCCAAAUUCUACUCCACAUGGCAAUGCCUUUACCUUAUGCAUUUUUAGGUUGUACGUUGAGGUUCCUAAAAAUAGGUGUGAUUGACUUUAAAGCAAUUAAUGCCUGAUGUGUAGAAUAAUAAUUCUUAAAAGCAUACUUAUGAAUUCAAUUUCCAUAUAACCGAUAUUUUCCCAGGCAGCAGACAUAUAAAGUAUAUUUAGCACAUCUGAAAUAAUGUGAAAGAGAACAGAUUUUCUGCUGCACUUAUGUAAGGGGAAAAGCAGGUAAAGAUCAAAACAUGCAGACAAGCAAGACGGGACGCUGCCAUAGUUUGUACUGCCUGACUAAAGGACCGCAAAUCCAUCCCGGUGCGGGACACGGAUGCGAGCAGGCUCAGCCCACCCCAGCGCUGGGAGCAGCCUGCUUACCUUGCCAUCCCUGACAAAAGUGAUGUGGAGAGGGAGAGUGACUGGGGGUCCCUCGGGGUCAGCCAUAACCCUCCCUCCUCUGCAGCUGUGGGGCUGAACUCUGGCUUUCCCCCCCUAUGUGAGGGCAUCCUCUUGUUUUCUGUCCUCACUUCACAGGGCUGAAACCUUGUCUCCCUGAUGAGCUGGCACCUGGGGAGGGCAGCAGGAUCAAGCUCACGUGAGGGGAAUAUUUGCUCAUAGGGUUGUCUGUGUAUAGUUUGUGGGCUGCUGGAAAAAGACAUCCACAUAAGUAGCGUGCAAGAUCUUAUGACUACAGACCAUGGUGCAGAAGGGAAUAUUCUGAAUUUUUAUCUCCAAAAAGAAAAAAAAACAACAUUGACUACAAAACAUAAAUAUCUUCUCUUCCCCCUCCCCCCCCCGGGUAAUUCACCUACAGACCUAACUCACUCUUUCCCAAUCGGAAAAGCCUUACAAAUUCUCAUGUUUACCUCAUAUAUUUUUCUGAAUGUUUUCUGAUGUUCUCUUUAAUCAGCUCUGCAUUUAGAACAUCAGCUAGUAAUCUUUGAAUGCAUUUUAUACAGCCUUACCAGAACUGAAGCAGGCAUCAGGAAAAAGCAAAAAUCAAUACAAGCCCCUCUUAAAUUCUACCUGAGAGAGAUUUGGCUCUUGGCACUUAUUAGCCAAACUUGAUUUUUAACAUCAAAUGUUUGCUAUCAUCUGCCUACCGAUCCAUCCAGCAUAUACUUUUUUUUUUUUUCUUUUUCUCUAUCUCCUGCUCCUCCACCAGCUCUUGGAGAUUUUUUUAUACUGUCAUUUAUUUCUUUCAAAGAAAAAACAUAAUUUGUUUCCUCAGUUGGUCAGAACAUUUCACACAGAAUGUGUCCUUGGCAUUGGCACUGCUCUGGAGAAAAGUAUCAGUGAUUUGAAAUGUGUGGUGUAGUUUUUUAGCUGCUUUAAUUUGAUGUAGCUCCAGUGAAGUUUAUAGAAAUACUUCAUUUAAUGGUGAUGUAGAAAAAUCCCUGGAGUUUAAAGGAUGCCCCCUAUUUUAGACAGUUUCUACUGCUGCUACCAUAGACAUAAAAUGAUGCCACACAAGCAAAGUUUGAGGCCUUUCUGUCUCAAAGUUGCUUGUUAAUUUCAGAUAAAUACACAAGAGUAUAUAUUAUUUCUGAAAAUAGGUGUAUUUUGAAGUUCCCCAUUAUAUGGGACUUAGUUUGUAAACUAAAAAUGUGAAGUUAUGUAUGUUGGAGAGAAGCCUUAUGCCGAGAAGUAUUCUCUAUAUUUUACCUUUAUGUAUAACAUGAAAUUUAGAUUAUACAUGGGUUGCAUACCUGUGACAUUCUAGCCAUUUUUCCAAAAAUAAAACUACUUAAAACAUUGAAAGUUAAGAGCUAUUGCAAGUAACAGAUUUCAUAGAUUAGCUCUCUUUGUCCUGCAGUCACAUACAGUAUUUUUUUCCUAGUGUGGAUCCUAAGAGUUGUCCACUGAAAGGUAUGUUAUAAAUUAUCAACAUGUGUUUUUCAAGUUAAGUGAAUUGACAUACAUUUUCCACUUGCCUUUGCCAACCUAUUUUAAAAUAUGAUGGAACUAUCCCCAUACAAAGAUCAUUCUUUAAGGUAUCACUCAACUUCUGAUUGGGCUUCAACCAGUAUCUUUCCUAUCUGCAAAACCACUGCUGUCCAUUCAGUUUGCUAUAUUGCUGAAGUGCUCAGAGGGCUGAGAUCUUAGAUAUAGGGAUGAUGGUUUGUGUUUCUAGGAUGAAUUUCAAAGGGACAAUCGUGUGCAGUUACUAGCUAUAGAUGAUUGAUAUAAAUGUUUACCCCUGUAUGAAGUAUUUUAUAGUUUUACUUGCAGAUGUGUAUUUAUCUUGAGUUAUACUUGACAUAGAGUUUCUUUCAAUUUUUUUUUUUUUUUAAUACUAUGUGUGUAUUUUGGAAACCUUUUUAGAUGUUAAAAUUUUUGAAUGGUUACAAAUAUUUCUUGUAAUACUGAACUGUUAUCUUAUCUGGAAACUCUUUGCAGUAACUUUUUUGUAUAUAUUUGAGGGCCUUUUUAAAAAAAAGUAUUGUUUGUUUUUUGGGGAAAAGGUUUUACAAUUUGGAAGCUUUCAUAAGGGCCUUCCUCUCAACUAGGAUACUAACAGAAGUAAGAAAUUUCUUAAGUAUUUUGCAGAACUAAGGAUGUAUCCUCAAGAAAAUAUUUAUGGAAGUAAUUUACUUUUUUUUUUUACAUUGCUUUUGUCUGUAUAAAGUAUGCAACAGAACUACAUUAAGAAGGAAAUAUUGUCUACAUAAAAUAUUAUAUGAAAGUUGGUACAUAGUUCUGACAAAAAACCUUGCAAUUCUUUAAGCCAUAUUGUUUUUCUUAUCCUUGGAUGAAAAUAUCAGUAUUAAGUAACCAAUGUAUUAUUCAAGUGCUUAGACUUAUAUGAAAAUGCUUAUACAGUUUAUUUAUGUGUAUUUGGGGAAGGAUUGCUAGAAAAAGCUAUCACUGGACAUAUAGCAAGUGAGUAGCAAAUAACAGUAUUCUGUCACUUUACGGCCUUGUGAAAGACAAAGAAGAUACUGACAGCACCAUAGAGACUCCAAAGCACAAACAUUGGGUUUCAAAUGGUGUUUCUUGUCCUUUCCCAUAAGGAGAGGGGAAGAGAAGUGGUUGGGACACUGUUUGACAACUUGACUUCCACAACUUUUUGCAGACUGUGAGUCUAGCUAUGCAGUAUCGGCUACAGCAAUAAUAUCAGUCAAAGGAUGUAAGAGAAAAGGAUUGAAGUAGAUUAUUGUAGGGGUUUAUGUUUAUUUUAAUUAGAAGUCAUAGCAAUAUAGAAUAUGCAUGUGCACGUAUUUGAAGCAUUUUUACACUUUACAUUUCAUGUAGUUUGAUUAUAUUAUGAAGGACUGGGUUUUUAGUUUGAUAUUUUACCUUGCUAAAAUGGGAGGUCUGCCCAACCCUGUACUGGAUUCUUGUUUUGUUUAAAAGGUUACAGCACUCACUGCAUUGUGUACUAGUGCUAAAACUAACACUGUAUCUUAUUAAUUUCUUCAGCUUUAAAAAAAUUAACCCAAUUACUAUUACACUUGUUUAGCUGUACCUACAUACCUUGUCAGAUUCAGCUGUUGAUUUGUAUAAUUUCUGUUUCUGUAACUGUUAUUAAACUUGUACAGCUAAAACAAAACAACAAAACCCAUGGACAGAGGCCUCAGAGGUACCAGUUCUGCUUCAGCAAUCAAGAUGACAGCUUGCUCAUCUGGUGACUGUGUUGCUAAAGAGACUGUAAAACCUCUGUUGUGGAUUGUCCAUAAAAUGGCAUUCCGACACGUGCCUUAUUUGCUUGAUAGUAUACAGCUUUCCUCUAGUAUUCUAGCAUUUUAAUGCUGUAUUAAAGUACUGCAAAAAAAAAGA